GUGGUUGGUUCAGGUCCAAGCUUAUUGUGGGUAACGAUACAAAGCAGUUCUACUGACUUUUAUCAUGAUUGCUUUCCAAAGCACAGAACAGAACAGACUAUGUAAUCAAUUUGAGCAUGAGAAGGUUAGCUAGAAACAUGAGAAAGUUUCCUUAUAAUGAUAGGCUAGAAAGGAAACAGUUAUUUAGGCGUUAACACUUUACCUAGGCUUAACAAUAACCAUGUUCCCAAAGGAGAGUGAGUCUGUUCCUUAGCAGCCAUGAGCUGCCUAGUCUUCUCCACUAUAGGUAAAGAUAAGAAUAGAUUGAAGAAAAAAUAGAAAAACAUACCGACAGCGUCCACUACAUGUACUAUUUAAAGGCCAUAACUAUAAAGUAACCACUUUAUAUUGUAUAGAGUUGACAAUUGCAUGAAGUUUUGGUAAGUGGUAGCUGCUCUUAUUCUUACUAUCAUUAGUGAUUUAUCCUCCUCUUCUACCUCUGCCUCUACUGAAACUUUAAUGGUUUGUGAAAGUACAAACAGUCAGCAGUAAAAAAAAGUUUUACUUUUUACUUUUAAUAUAUACUUUAUAUUUCAAAAUACUCAGAUUAAGUUUCAAAUGUUCCCUUGUGAACAUCAUUCAGUUACACCUAGUGCUGUCAUAGGUAGCUAUAGGACAAACCAAGCCUAGGAAAUGGAAGCUGUUAAAACUCACUGAUCUCUCAGAUUUCAUCAGUUUUAUGUGUACAUACAUAUGUGUAUGUGAAUGUGGCUGUAUUUAUUUCUCUUUUUUUUUAAAUUGGAUUUUUUUCCCCAUCUUUAUUAACUUGAGUAUUUCUUAUUUACAUUUCGAUUGUUAUUCCCCUUCCCGGUUUCUGGGCCAACAUCCCCGUAACCCUUCUCCUCCCCAUCCUUCCCCCAUUACCACCCUCCCCCCAACAAUCACAUUCACUGGGGGUUCAGUCUUAGCAGGACCCAGAGCUUCCCCUUCCACUGGUGCUCUUACUAGGAUAUUCAUUGCUACCUAUGAGGUCAGAGUCCAGGGUCAGUCCAUGUAUAGUCUUUAGGUAGUGGCUUAGUCCCUGGAAGCUCUGGUUGCUUGACAUUGUUGUUCAUAUGGGGUCUCGAGCCCCUUCAAGCUCUUCCAGUUCUUUCUCUGAUUCCUUCAACGGGGGUCCUGUUCUCAGUUCAGUGGUUUACUGCUGGCAUUCACCUCUGUAUUUGCUGUAUUCUGGCUGUGUCUCAGGAGAGAUCUACAUCCGGUUCCUGUUGGCCUGCACUUCUUUGCUUCAUCCAUCUUAUCUAAUUGGGUGGCUGUAUAUAUAUGGGCCACAUGUGGGGCAGGCUCUGAAUGGGUGUUCCUUCUGCCUCUGUUCUAAACUUUGCCUCCCUAUUCAUUUCUAUUUCACGUGGAGACUCAUGUAGCCAUUUACUUAGUCAGUACAGAGGUGUGGCCCAUCAGUAUUCACUGGGAACUUCCUACACCUUCAUUUCCUCAACUGAUACCUCUUAGAAAUCUUGUUUUUGCCUUUCCCCCAAAGCAUGAUGUUCAUAAACUUCAAACAAUAAUCCCAAUUAUAUACAGGGCACCAGGAAGUAUAGUAAAUCACAUGAUUUCCAUGUUUAAAACUACUCUAGCAGACAUGUCCACCUUUUUGACAUUGGGACACACCAUUGUCACCUGCAAAGUUCAUGUCAGGAACCAUGCAAUCAACUUUAAAAGUUCUUUUAAGUUGGGUGCAUUUAUAGGUAUCUUGGAUUGCAUGCAGUUUGUGGACCAUGAGUUGGGUAUACCCAAAUGGUUCCCAAUUGAAUUUACAGCAACUUCAAAUCCCUCAAUGGGAUUAACCUUAUGAAGACUGUGCAUUCUAAAUGGACUAGCCCUUCCCACCUUUCUUCACCCUCUUUGGAACAAUUUCUGUCUCUCUGUAAAAAAGCCUCUUUAGGCUGCUCCCUCCCUCAGGGCUUUGACUUCUGCUGUUUUUCUGCCUGGAACACUAUAUUCAGUUUUCAAUGGCUGGUUCUUUGUCCCUUUAUAGUAUCAUCUCAAACUUUGACUUCUCGGAGAGACUUUUUGUUUUUUACACUAAAUAUAAUCUUGUUAGAUUCAGCAAAAGUAUAAGAUACCUAGUAAAAUAUGAUUUUGGAUAAACAACUAGAACAUUUUGGUCUUUGCUCUCUGGAAUAUGUGGGAUGUGCAUAUACUAAAAAUUAUUGUGAUUUGUUUGAAACUCAAAUUUAAUGAGAUGUGUUAUAGCAACCCAGAUAUAGUCUUUUAAAAAAUCUAUAAAUAUAAAUAUCUUUUAAAAAUUCUAUUUAUUGUCUUACUCUCCUGGACCCAACUCAAGGAUCCCCUACAUGAUCACAACUGUUUCUCCAGUGCUAAUCCCAAUAUCUGCCACAUAGUAGAUCUCACUAAAUGUUAGCUAGAUAAGAAAAAUUAAGUCAGACUGACCACACCUUCAGGGCAAAUCACUGGCCAGAAAGAAAAGAGAAUGCCUACUCUAAGUUAUCAAUUGUGGGAGGUGGAGGGAGAGGAGGACGGGAGGGAGAAAGGAGGGGGAGGAAAUAAGGGUGACAGUAUCAGGAAUUGGAGGAGAUGUGAGAGAGGUACAGAAAGUGGAACAAAAAUAUGAAGCAGGGGGGAUGAGGAACUGGGGAUAGCUACCAGAGGGUCCCAGAUACCAAGGAAACAUGAGGUUCCCAGGUCACAGUGGGGAUGACUUUAGCCAAAAUGCGCACAGAGAAGGGGGUAGAUAGGACCUAUUGAGACCACCUACCAUAGAUAGGCGUGGCCCCUGUUCAAUCGAUGGGGCAACCCACCCAUCUCAAAGUUUUUAACCCAGAAAAGUUCCUGUCCAAAGUAAGAAUAGGAAUGAAAAAAUGAAGAGAGACUGAAGGAAGAGUCAACCAGGGACUGUCCUAUCUGGGGAUCCAGGAUGUCUGAAGACACCAAACCCAACACUGUUGUUGUUCUUGCUGACAGGAACCUAGAGUUGUGGUUCUUGAGGAAGUCAUGCCAGCAUCUGAUCAAUGUGAUUGCUUGGAGUCAGACUGAGCUUGGGGACCCUGGUACAUGGAGCUGGCAGAAAGACUGGAGGAGCAGAGGGGGAUUACAACCCCAUUGGAAGAACAACUUAGGCUGGCCUGACCACCCAGUUCUCUCAGAGUCUAGAUCACCAACCAAGGAGUGUACCUGGAGGGAUCCAGAUACAUGUGUAGCAGAGAAUGGCUUGGGGAAUGCUGGAACAGUGGGGCAGAGAGCGUGGAUGGAUGGUGGAGCACUCCUACAGGCAAAGAGCAGGGCAGAUGCGGGGAAGCCCUAGAGGGGUAACCGGGAAGUGGGAUAUCAUGGGAUGGGGGUUGGUGGAGGGGGCUAAUCUGGAAGUGGGACAUCAUUUGAGACAUAAGUGAAUGGAAUGAUUGAAAAUGAUUAAAAACAAAGAAAACAAAACAAACAGUAUUGUGCUGAAGCUUCUAGGGAAGGUGCAGUGGAGGAGGGACGGCCACUUUUAGAGCUAAUGGAGUCACAAGAUCUUAGAUGCAUAGAUUUGGGGAGAAGCAAAAUCUAGACGGUCUUUUAAAAAAAAAUCAGUUCUCUAACAAACUGAAAGAAAUAACUAAAGAAAAAUCUGCUCAAGUUAAAAGUAUAAGUCUGAGUUCUGAAUAGGGUCACAGGCAGUAAUAAUUUUCCCAUCUCUGUCCAAGUGAAUUGUCCCUGAGACUUGCUUUAAGGGUUAGCUUUUUAUCAGGUUCUGGGAACUGUUCCUGAUUAUUAUUACAAAGAGCGUGGAGUGUGGACGAUGAUGAAGUCAAGACAGAAGAAAUCAAACUCUCCUCUUGUGCCCAAUUUGUCCAACCAGAUGACAUUUGGCCUCAGCAUUUGGAGAGGUUUGCUACCUGCUGCAUGUAUACUUGGUUCCCUGAGGGACCCACCAGGGACGCAGAGGUACACUUCACUCGGAUGCACUUCUGAUCCGCUCAAGCAGGUUUCGUCUGUCCUAAAGCAAGCUGUGUGUGCGACUGUAGAUCCACACUCAGAUCAAGUGGGUUCCCGGCCCUAUGCAGCUCUAUCUCGCACUUGCGUGCCCUCCUACCUAGGAGCUGGAGAAAAUGGUCCCAGGAGGUUUAGCCAAGGCUGCUGGUCCCCGACGUCUACGGCAGGACGCGCCCAGUCGUGUGAGCCGCGUGCGCGCCCAGUUUGGAGACGGCCGCCUCUGCUGCUGACAGGUGCUGGCCUGAGGGCGCGGGUGUGGUCCCCAGUGCAGCUGGGAGUCUGUGCCGGCAGCGUGCAGUUUGCGUGCUCCUGCGGUGGCCGAGGGGGAGCCAGGGUGCGGCCUGGGGGCGCUCAGUGGUCUGGAACCGCGGAGUUCAGUGCUCAAAACUUUGCAGACGCCGGGGGCGCGCAGUGACGGCGCCAGCCGGGCCUGGCAGGUGCGACCGGCAGAGGCGGCGGCGCCCCGCGGCGGGAGGGCCUCCGCAGCCGCUUUGCUCUGAGCUGGCCUGAAGCCGCUGGACGCUCCCGGCUUGUGCUGCUGUGCUGGCCGCCGCCGCCGCCUCCACGCUCCCGGAGGACGCUCAGCCCGAGAGGGAAGAGAAGCAGUAGGUGGGGAGCGGAGGUGCCCAGCUUGGAGGAUGGAGCCUCGGGGUGCGGCGGCUGGCGAGCCCGAGCCGGCCGUGUCCCCCUCCUUCCAGGCCCGGCUCUGGAAGAACCUGCAGCUGGGGGUGGGCAAGGGCAAGGGCGGCGGAGGCGGGCGCGCUGGGGGCCCCGAGCGCCGCACUGCGGCCACUCCGACCCCAUCUCUGCCGCCCCCGAAGACCACGCAGGACGUGGGGAGUACUGGCAGCAGGUGGAGCGGCUUCAAGAAGCGGAAGCAAGUGCUGGACCGAGUGUUCUCUUCCUCGCAGCCCAACCUGUGCUGCUCCUCACCGGAGCCCCUGGAGCCUGGCGGAGCAGGCAGAGCAGAGCAGGGGUCCACGCUGCGCCGCCGCCUACGGGAACAUCUGCUGCCGGUGGCUAAAGGGUCCUCUACAGCCGCGGGGACAGUCGGAGUGACGCCUCCAGGCGGACGCUCUCCGGACUCAGCUCCUUCUUCUUCUGCCUCAUCCUCCCUGUCCUCUUCUCCCCAACCGCCCCCGAGGGGGGACCGCAUCCGAGAUGAGGGCACACGGCGUGGGAGUCCUGAGGCGCACCUGUGCCACCAAAAGAGCUCCUCUCUGCCCGGUACCGCGUGCCUGGAGCAGUUACUGGAACCAGCGCCACCUCCCGCAGAACCGGCCCGGCGUCCUGCCGAGCCCCAGUCUCUGCAGAAGGGCGAAGAGCUUGACUGCAGCCAGAAAAUAAAUCCAGUCGAAACCAGUAAUGCAGAUGUACCUUUGGCUGAUCCCGGAAUGUACCAGUUGGACAUCACACUAAGAAGGGGUCAAAGUUUAGCUGCCCGUGAUCGAGGAGGGACCAGUGAUCCAUAUGUGAAGUUUAAAAUUGGAAGAAAAGAAGUUUUUAGAAGUAAAAUUAUCCACAAGAACCUAAAUCCUGUGUGGGAGGAAAAAGCUUGCGUGCUCAUUGACCAUCUUAGAGAGCCACUGUAUAUCAAGGUAUUUGACUAUGAUUUUGGACUGCAAGAUGACUUUAUGGGCUCAGCCUUUCUCGAUCUCACACAGUUGGAGUUAAACAGGCCCACAGAUGUCACCUUAACUCUGAAAGAUCCCCAUUAUCCUGACCAUGACCUUGGAAUCAUUUUGCUGUCAGUCAUCCUUACGCCUAAGGAAGGUGAACCCAGGGAUGUGCAGAGUUCAAUACACAGCUUUCUUCAUUGGAGAAUUUGUGACAUAAAAACAAUGCUAAUGAGGAAGAGUUGGAAAAGAUCCAGUAAGUUUCAGACCCAAAGUUUACGUCUGUCAGACCAGCACAGGAAAUCACAUCUGUGGAGAGGAAUAGUCAGCAUCACCUUGAUUGAAGGGCGAGACCUCAAAGCAAUGGAUUCCAAUGGGUUGAGUGAUCCAUAUGUGAAGUUCCGGCUUGGCCAUCAGAAAUACAAGAGCAAGAUUAUGCCCAAAACUUUGAACCCUCAGUGGAGGGAGCAAUUUGAUUUCCAUCUCUAUGAGGAAAGAGGCGGAGUCAUGGACAUCACUGCCUGGGACAAAGAUGCUGGGAAAAGAGAUGACUUUAUUGGAAGGUGCCAGGUUGACCUGUCGUCCCUCAGUAGGGAGCAAACACACAAGCUGGAGUUACAGCUGGAAGAGGGUGAGGGCCACCUGGUUCUACUUGUCACUUUGACAGCCUCGGCCACAGUCAGUAUCUCUGACCUCUCUGUCAACUCCAUGGAGGACCACAAGGAGCGGGAAGAGAUAUUAAAGAGAUAUAGCCCACUGAGGAUAUUUAACAACAUAAAAGAUGUGGGAUUUCUCCAGGUGAAAGUCAUCAGAGCAGAAGGUUUGAUGGCUGCAGAUGUCACAGGUAAAAGUGAUCCAUUUUGUGUAGUAGAACUGAACAAUGACAGACUGCUAACACAUACUGUGUACAAAAACCUCAAUCCUGAGUGGAAUAAAGUGUUCACAUUCAACAUUAAAGACAUUCAUUCAGUUCUUGAAGUGACAGUUUAUGAUGAAGAUCGUGACCGGAGUGCCGACUUUCUGGGCAGAGUCGCUAUACCAUUGCUGUCUAUUCAAAAUGGUGAACAGAAAGCCUACGUCUUGAAAAACAAGCAGCUGACAGGGCCAACAAAGGGGGUCAUCCAUCUUGAAAUAGAUGUGAUUUUUAAUGCUGUGAAAGCCAGCUUACGAACAUUAAUACCCAAAGAACGGAAGUACAUUGAAGAGGAAAACAGACUCUCUAAACAGCUGCUUCUAAGAAACUUUAUCAGAACAAAACGUUGUGUUAUGGUGCUUGUAAAUGCUGCAUACUACGUUAAUAGUUGCUUUGAUUGGGAUUCGCCCCCAAGGAGUCUUGCUGCUUUUGUGCUCUUUCUCCUUGUUGUCUGGAACUUUGAGCUGUACAUGAUACCCCUGCUGCUGUUGUUACUACUGACAUGGAACUACUUCCUAAUAAUAUCUGGGAAAGAUAACAGGCAACGGGACACAGUAGUGGAGGACAUGCUGGAGGACGAGGAGGAAGAAGAUGACAGAGAUGACAAGGAUGGUGAAAAAAAAGGAUUUAUAAAUAAAAUCUAUGCCAUCCAGGAAGUGUGUGUCAGUGUCCAGAACAUCCUAGAUGAAGCGGCUUCCCUUGGGGAAAGGGUAAAGAAUACUUUCAACUGGACUGUCCCGUUCUUAAGCUGGCUGGCCAUUAUAGCCCUCUGUGUGUUCACGGCCAUUCUGUACUUCAUCCCACUGAGAUACAUUGUUCUUGUCUGGGGAAUUAAUAAAUUUACAAAAAAGCUUCGGAGUCCAUAUGCAAUUGAUAACAAUGAACUACUUGACUUCCUUUCCAGAGUUCCUUCAGAUGUACAAGUGGUGCAAUAUCAAGAACUGAAACCAGAUCAUUCUCAUAGCCCGUAUAAAAGGAAGAAAAACAACCUUGGUUAGUCUGUUCCCAGCACCGAGGAGACCAGCAUGUUUGGGAAGAUAAAAGAAAAAAAAAUCGUCGGGCUACGCAGCAUUUCCUCUCUUUCUGCUUUUUAUUUAUUUUACCUUUUUAUCAGGGUCAAGAACAUUUGUAAAUAGUGUACAAAAGGCAUAUGUCUUUGAAAAUAUACUUCUCCUGUACAGACUCAACUUGAUAAGGGAUUUUAGCUAGUGGAGUGUGGAAACCUUGUUAGCUGCAGCUAAUAACAUAACCAAGUAAAAUAAAACAAUGGUUAUAAAACUGGAAGAUGUAUAUUUCUCCAAUCACAAAAGAGAGAACCAGAAUAUCAGAUUAAAUGCUCAAUUGUGCUCUGGUUAACCCUCCAUAAAACCUAAAUGCUGAUUUGAUCUUUAGGUUUUUUUUUUUGUAAUGUAACUAUUUCUUAUCUGAAAAGUAAUUCAUUAGUGUUUUUUCUUUUUAUGUUUAUACAUUACAAAUGGGGGGAGGGAUCCCAUAGCUUGAAUAAUGGAAAUGUUGCACUUCAACUUAACAUACAUCCUGACUUUCACUUCUGUGUAAAUAAAUUAUGUAUGGCUAAGGCUGAUUUUAAGCUACAGGUACAUUCAUAUCUUUUCCUGUCUGCAUACAUACACAAUCCCUUAAGAGAAUCUGAGAGUCUAUGAAUAAGACUUUUAAGCCUUCUAUCAUUCCAUCUAAAACCUUAAAAUCUCUCCAGAAACUAUAUUAAAUAAAUACUGCCAGGUUUAUAAAUGAUUGAGUAUCAGGAUUUUUAUAAUUAUAUUACUGUGUUUAGCAAAUUAUCAAGCCAAUUCUCAAAAAAUACUAGCAAACUAAAUCCCUACUGUAUUUGGUAUCAAAUUAUGCCCUUGUGCAUUUAAAAGUGUAGUAUUUAAGUGUCCUCUACUGAUAGACUUCAAUGCAUACUGAGUUUUGUUUUUAGUGAGUUUUAAUGGAGAAUGCAGUUGGCUAAGUGAAAGGCCAGUGUUUUCAUUACAUCAUUUAUGAAGGAAGAUCAUUGAUAAUGCAUGAAAAUCUGUUUUGUAAAAUAAACUGCUUGUAAGGUGGUUUCCAUUAAAAAUGUUUCACUAACCACACUCUAUACUUCAAAUUGCAUUCCUAAAACAGGGUCUAUCAAAGGAACAUACCUCUGCAGAGAUAAGAAAUUUGGUUGGUGAGAAUGUCCUCACUGACUUUUUAGAGGAAUGAGACUCAAUGGAAAUUGCUGCAGACAAUGUUUUGCACUAUUUUAUUAAUUGCUAUUAAUAAAUAACUGGGGUGAGGUGAAGAUUGGGGUUGUGCUGGAAAAUGUAGAAAAGCAGAAAUAUAUAUUUGAAUUUAAAGAUUCUUUAAAUCUCAUCGAAGCUGAUUUUUAAAGUAUUUUUAUUUUAGAAAUAUGUUAUUAAAUAGUAUUUCUUACAAUAGAACUAUUUUGAUGUUUAUAUACUAUGCUUGGAAGAAUGUCAACUAAAUUCCCUUUCUACAGAAAGACUUUGACCUCAAUAUGCUCUAUUUAGUGUAUCAUGUUUAAAAUGCUUUCCAUUACUGUUUGUUGCAAAAACAUACUUUAUGAAGCUGACCUAAUACAUAGUUUAUUGAUGAGCUCAUUAAUUUGGUAUAAAUUCUGAUUAUACCUGUGAGAUUUAUGUUCUGUGCUGACAAUGUCUAUUCAAAUGUCUAUAAGCCUGACAUUCUAUAACCUUGGAUGUACCUAGUGGAUGUAACCAUUAACAGAUGACUAAUUUUUGUUUAUUUCAUUGUGUAAGAUUUCAGAUGUUUAGUUCAAUAGUAAUGUUGACUACAUAUUCACUGCAUUAAACACAAAAGAAGUUAA